GGCAAAUAUUCAGAGAUUCACAACAAGUGAAAAUAUAGAAGAUAUGGAAUUUGAUUUUUAUGGAACAAAAGUUGCUUGUGCAUUGGAUGAUAAGUCAAUUGUAAUCUUUGACACAACACAACCAGAACCAAAAAUUAUCUCAACGCUUGUGGGACAUACUGCUGCUAUUUGGCAAGUUAAAUGGAGUCAUCCAAGAUUUGGACCAGUUUUAGCUUCAUGCAGUUAUGACAAACAAGUAUUAAUUUGGAGAGAAACUUCUAAUAAUAAUUAUGCUAUUGUUUAUUCUCAUAAAUUCCAUACUAAGUCAGUCAAUUCUAUUUGUUUCUUCCCUGAGAGUGAGGGAUUAAAAUUAGCAUGUGGAUCAAGUGAUGGACAAAUUAGUAUUAUUGAGUAUGUUGAAUCAACUAAAUCAUGGAAAACAACUUCUUUCAAUGCUCAUCCUGCCGGAGUAAAUACAUUAACUGUAAUACAAAAUCAUAUGAAAGUUAAUAUUGUUAGUGGUGGCUGUGAUAGUACUGUUAAAUUCCAUGAAUAUAUUGAUGGUGAAUGGAAAUGUGUUAACCAACUUAAAGACCAUAAAGAUUGGAUUAGAGAUGUUUCAGUUACUUCUUCUAAUGGUAAACUUCUUUUAGCUACUUGUGCUCAAGACCAUAUGGUAUUUAUUUAUGAAGUAAAUGGAACUAACAUUAAGUUGAUUGACCAUUUGCCAGAAUUUAAAGAAUCUUGUUGGAGAGUUGCUUUUAAUGGUGAUGUAUUAGCUGUUUCCUUAUCCAAUAAUGAAGUAGAAAUGUGGAAAAAUAAUGAUGGAAAAUGGGUGAAAGAAGAAUAA